AUGGCCGCCCCGCAUCAAUACCACCAGCCCAACGCGCCAGACGACGACUCUGACCUCGACCUCGACCUCGACCUCGAAGAACUCGACCCUCUGGCCUCGCACGCCCACGCCCACGCCCACUCGCGCGCCGUCGCCUCGCCGCCUCGCCAACAGCCACCGCUCGGCGCCCGCAUACCGCUGAGGAACCUGAGGGUCGGGAGGCGGCGCGCCAAGAAGCCGAGGGAAGCGCCCCAAGACGAGGACCUGCGUGGCCUGCUGGACCACGACGACUCAGCCAACAGGCACUCGGCCGGCAGCUACGGCCAGUCUGGCGACGACGAUGCCCCGCUCCUUCCCUCGCAGCACCUGCCAAGCACCCACACACGCACGCAGGGCCCAUUGACGCGACUAGGCUCCAGCAUGCGCCUGCCCACCUUCCUGUCCAAGCCAGACACGCCCGGCAUCCGCCUCGACGACGACGACGACGAAGACAACGCCACCGACCAAGAACACGACCCCACCACCCAGCGCACCAUCUCCGUCGCCCAGCUGCAGCCGUCGCGAUUCCCCGCCAAUGCCGUCUCCAACGCAAAAUACACCCCCUGGAGCUUCCUGCCGCGCACCCUGUACAACGAGUUCUCCUUCUUCAUCAACAUGUACUUCCUGCUCGUCGCUCUUUCCCAGAUCAUACCCGCCCUGCGAAUCGGCUACCUCUCCACGUACAUUGCACCUCUCGCGUUUGUCAUCACAAUCACCCUCGGCAAAGAGGCCCUGGACGACAUUUCGCGCAGACGAAGAGAUGCAGAGGCAAACUCCGAGGGCUACACAGUGCUGAGGUUCCAAGAGAAUGCCAAGGGGAAUGGCCUCGCACCCGAGAAAAACUCAAACGUCACCAAGCGUUUGAGGAGGCACAAGCGUCCAGGCCCAUCAACCCAUAUCGAAGACGAGGAACAGCGCUUGUCGACAAAGGGACUUGCCACUUGCACCUACUUCGAAUCCAUAAAGCCUUCGAGGAGUUUGAAGGUGGGAGACGUUGUCAGGCUCACCAAGGACCAGCGAGUCCCGGCGGACAUGGUUCUCCUGAAAUGCUACUCUGCCGAAACUGUGCCUUCCCCUAGCCAAGUUAGGGACGGCAGUGGCUCAGAGGAUGCGGCAACAGUCGACGGUGCUGCCGCGACAGGCGCAUCGGGAGAAGCUUUCAUCCGAACAGAUCAAUUGGAUGGCGAGACGGACUGGAAACUACGUCUCACCUCACCCUUGACCCAAAACUUGAACAUCGGAGAGUAUACCAGGCUACGUGUUGUUGCUGGGAAGCCUGACCGGAAAGUCAACGAGUUUUACGGAACCGUCCAACUUCAGCCCAAGCGACAACGCGAGUACGACCCUGUAGAGCAGGAUUCGUCUUCCCCCAGAACACAACAGUCGGCGCCUCUCAGUAUCGACAACACUAUCUGGGCCAACACCGUUGUCGCCUCGAGCGGUAGCUUGCUGGCUGUCGUCGUAUACACUGGACCGCAGACCCGCCAAGCCCUUUCCACAUCAGCCUCCCGAUCCAAAACCGGCCUGCUAGAGCUAGAGAUAAACUCUCUGACAAAAUUCUUAUGUAUCUUCACAUUGUCCCUCUCAUUCAUUCUUGUAGCGCUGGCCAAAUUUCGGGAAAUCGACGGCCGUCAAUGGUACGUUUCUAUGAUGCGGUUUUUGAUCUUGUUCUCCACUAUUGUCCCUGUUGGUCUGCGUGUGAAUCUCGACAUGGGGAAGUCUGUAUAUGCGUGGCUCAUCGAGCACGACCAGAGCAUUCAAGGGACCGUGGUUCGAACGAGCACAAUACCAGAAGACCUGGGCAGAAUCGAGUACCUGUUGAGCGACAAAACUGGAACCUUGACACAAAACGAGAUGGUGAUGAAGAAAAUCCAUGUUGGCACGGUAUCUUACGCGAACGAAGCUAUGGAUGAGGUGUCAUUAUAUGUUCGUCAAUGCUUUACACCCCCCGCUAGCGAGACACCGGCUCUCGUCACACCAUCAUCUGCCUACACGGUGCCUCUAACUUCUGCCACUCGUACUCGUAGAGAAAUAGGAUCUCGAGUUCGAGAUGUCGUACUGGCUCUCGCGCUUUGUCACAAUGUCACGCCGACUACCGAGGAAGAGAAUGGCGACACAAUAACCACUUACCAAGCUUCUUCUCCCGACGAAAUUGCCAUCGUUCGAUGGACAGAAGCUGUCGGACUCAAGCUACUAUCGCGAGAUCGGGAAUCUAUGACGCUUCAAUCAUGCGAUACUGGAAACACGGUUGUACGGGUCCGCAUUCUCAACGUCUUCCCAUUUACCUCCGAGGGAAAAAGAAUGGGCAUAGUUGUGAGCUUCUACCACGGACCGGUCUCGUCGAGUUCUGACGACGAUGAUGAGAUUUGGUUCUAUCAAAAGGGUGCCGAUACCGUCAUGACCUCCAUCGUCGCCGCCAAUGAUUGGCUUGACGAAGAAACAGCCAACAUGGCGCGGGAAGGGUUGCGCACACUUGUUGUAGGUCGCAAGAAGCUAUUCGCACAGACAUAUCAAAACUUUUCGUCAAAGCUUGCCCAAGCUUCGUUGACGUUGCACAAUCGUGACGCUGCUGUUGCAGACGUGGUCAAAGAUUAUCUUGAGCAUGAUCUUGAACUGUUAGGUGUGACUGGUGUUGAAGACAAGCUGCAAAAGGACGUGAAGCCAUCCCUUGAACUUCUCCGCAAUGCUGGCAUCAAGAUCUGGAUGUUGACAGGCGACAAAGUCGAAACAGCGCGCUGCGUAGCAGUGAGUUCUAAACUCGUCGCGCGUGGUCAAUACGUGCAUACCAUUGCGAAACUAAAGCGCAAGGAUCUUGCUCACUCUUCUCUCGACUUUCUGCGCGGCAAGACCGACGCCUGUCUGCUCAUCGAUGGUGAAUCUCUCGCGCUCAUGCUCACUCACUAUCGUACAGAGUUCAUCUCGAUUGCUGUUCAGCUCCCCGCCGUUGUCGCCUGUCGCUGCUCGCCGACUCAAAAAGCAGAUGUAGCACACCUCAUACGCGAGUUCACCAAGAAGCGUGUAUGCUGCAUUGGCGACGGCGGGAACGACGUAUCUAUGAUCCAGGCUGCCGAUGUUGGCGUUGGUAUUGUUGGAAAAGAAGGUCGCCAAGCAUCUCUAGCCGCAGACUUUUCCAUCGAGCAAUUUUGCUAUCUAACCAAGCUACUCGUCUGGCACGGCAGAAAUAGCUACAAACGCAGCGCAAAGCUAAGCCAAUUCGUUAUUCACCGUGGUCUGAUCAUCUCUAUCUGCCAAACCGUCUACAGCAUUAGCUCAUCCUUCGAGCCGCAUGCGUUAUACAAGGAUUGGCUACUCGUAGGCUACAGCACCGUCUACACCAUGGCGCCUGUCUUCUCCCUCGUUCUCGAUCGUGAUGUCGAUGAAAGCGUCGCAAAUCUAUACCCCGAACUGUACGCCGAGCUGAAAACCGGCCGCAGUCUCAGCUACAAGAGCUUCUUCAUCUGGGUGGCCGUCUCCGUGUACCAGGGGUCAAUCAUCCAAGGACUUGCGCAACUCCUUGUCGGCAUCCCUCCGCCGACGGUAGGCACCGUCACUGACGCAGAUACACCACUCUUCAAGCAGAUGGUCGGCGUGUCUUUCUCGGCUCUCAUCAUCAAUGAACUCGUUAUGGUCGCCAUGGAAGUCACAACCUGGCACUGGAGUAUGAUAGUCUCGAUUGUCGGGACCGCAGGGAUAUACUUUGGCAGUAUCCCCUUCUUGCACCGUUACUACGAUUUAGAGUUUGUGCAAAGUCUGGAGUUCUGGUGGAAAGUCGCGGGUGUGGCGUGUUUAUCGGAAAGUGCAGGGUCUGUAACGCGGGUUGGGGUAGUGAUGGUUGGGGCUUCCUAUGGAUUGGGCAAAGUGCAAAAUGUUGGUAGAGAAAUGCAGAACCUACAUAUUGCGAAUUAUAACGGUAAUAACCUCGAAUUUGGAGUCGGUGCGACUGGCAACACAGGCAGGAGCGUCGUGCGCCAUCUGCCCUUACUGCUCGAGCAAAGCAAUAGCACCAGUUACCGCAUUGUCGGCCUGACGCGUUCUCUCACCAGUCCCAUCGCACAAGAGCUCGCUCAACUGCCACACGUCGAGAUGCAAGAGAAGGACUGGACGACCAUUGACGCAGUGUGGCUGCGUGACCGAGACGUCACGCGCGUCUACAUCGCGCCACACAAUGAGCCGGACCAGUACGUCGACGAGUCCGCGCUGCAUGUUGCUCUGCUCGCCGCCGGUGUCAAGUACGUGGUCCGCGUAUCCACAAACGUCAAAUACAUCAGUCCUACAAACCCCGUGUAUUACGGGCGCGCGCAUUGGGCCAUCGAGACGUUACUGAGCACACCCGAGUUCAAGUCAUUGAUGUGGACGUCUCUGCAGCCCAAUUUCUUUACUGCUAGCUACCUUGCGAGCGCCGCCGACUGGAUCAAGGCCUACCGGAACACAAACAAGCAGGAAACCCUGAGCAUGAAUCCUGCUGCAGACGUCGCCGUGGCGAUGAUUGAUCCCGAGGACGUCGGCACCGUGGGCGCACAUCUUCUGGCGCUUGAAGAUCCAACUCCGCAUAACGGUACAAAAUACGUCCUCAGCGGCCCCGAAGACGUUACAGGGAGGCGCAUCGUGGAGCUAGUCGAGCAGUACGCCGGCGUUAAGGUCGAGAAGGUUGAGUUCGAGUCAACAAGCUGGAUCGUUAAGUUGUCAAAUGCUGGCGUAUAUCCUGGAAAGACGUAG